GUUACUAUCGGCCGAAGAAGAAGAAGCCCCUCCCACUCAAGAUGGCGAGCUAGAGGUUCUUGUCCACGCUGUUUUUGUUGACAAGUUAUAUAAAGCCGUUUUACGCGUUAACAGUGGAAUUACACCUUCUGUCGUGAUGUCGAGACUCAUCGUUAAAAACCUCCCUAAUGGGAUGAAGGAGGACAGAUUCAGGUCGAUGUUUGCUGCCUUUGGCACUUUGACAGACUGCUCGCUGAAAUUUACCAAAGACGGCAAGUUCCGUAAGUUCGGCUUUGUGGGUUUUAAAUCCGAGGAGGAUGCAAACAAGGCCCUGAAGCAUUUCAAUAAGAGCUUCGUGGACACAUCCAGAGUGACGGUGGAGAUGUGUAAGGCGUUUGGAGACCCCAGUAAGGCAAGAGCCUGGAGUAAACACACUCAGAGCUCAGGGCAGGGCAAACCCUCUGCUCCGGCCGAUACUGAUGGCAAAAAGAAGAAGAAGCAGAAAAAGGAAUCCAGCAGUAUUCUGGGAGAUCUGGAAGAGGAAGCAGAAUUCAAGGAGUUUCUGUCAGUGCAUCAGAAUCGAAGCCAAGCUCCGACCUGGGCAAACGACACUGCACAGGAAGCACCCGAUCCCGACAAGAAGAAGAAGACGACUCAAAGCAAGAAGAAACCUGCUUCAGAUGAUUACCUCAACUUUGACUCAGACCAGUCAGAAGAAGACAAAGAGGAUGAGGAAGAAGAAAAUGAUGAGAGUGAGGAUGAAGAUGCCACUAAAGAAGCACUGAAGUCUGGCUUAUCAGAUAUGGACUACCUGCGGUCAAAGGUGGCACAAACAGCAGACACGGAGGAGGAGGAAGAAGAGGAUGAUGAUGGUCCUUUACAGCACACAGACAGUGACUACGAGAGUGGAGACAGGGAAAACAUCUCAAAGGUCAAAUCUUCAGUGACCUCUGAGGAAAAGGACCAGAGUAAAGUGAAGAAACCUGCCAAGCAGGAGACGGAGGCAACAACAGAGUUCACAGUGAAGCUGAGAGGAGUCCCGUUCAAUGUUAAAGAGAAACAAAUUAGAGAAUUUAUGACUCCACUGAAGCCUGCAGCAGUCCGGAUUGGGAAGAACGAAAGCGGAAAUAGAACAGGUUACGUAUACGUGGACUUGCACUCUGAGGAAGAGGUGGAAAAGGCCUUGAAGAAAAACAAGGAUUAUAUAGGAGGGCGUUACAUUGAAGUGUUUCGCGUGGAUGCUUUAGCGGGAAAGAACAAAAGAGAUGGAAAAGAGAAAGAAACUGACAGAAACUUUAGCAGGAAGCUCAAGGAGGACGAGGAGGAGGAAGAUGUUUCAGAGUCGGGCCGACUCUUCAUCAGAAACCUUCCUUACACCUGCACAGAGGAGGACAUCAAAGAUCUGUUUAGCAAACACGGUCCUUUAUCUGAUGUGCUGUUCCCAAUUGACACGCUAACCAAGAGACCUAAAGGGUUUGCCUUUGUAACCUACAUGAUACCAGAGAACGCCGUGACAGCGCUCGCUCAGCUGGACGGACACAUUUUUCAGGGCAGGAUGCUUCACCUGCUUCCCUCCACUGUGAAGAAAGAAAAGAGUGACUCUGAUGCUGGCGGUCCUGGCUCCUCAUCUUACAAACGGCAAAAAGAUGCUAAAACUAAAGCUUUAAGUUCCAGUUCACACAACUGGAACACCUUGUUUCUGGGUACAAGUGCAGUGGCAGAUGCUAUUGCUGAAAAAUACAACACCACCAAAAGCCAAGUCCUGGACCACGAGUCAAAGGGAAGUGUUGCAGUGAGGAUGGCUUUGGGGGAAACACAAAUUGUCCAGGAGACGCGGCAGUUUCUGCUGGAUAACAGUGUCAGCCUGGAUUCCUUCAGUCAGGCGGCAGCAGCAAGGAGCAACACAGUGAUCCUGGUGAAGAACCUUCCAGCUGGAGUGCAGGCGUCAGAGCUUGAGGAGCUCUUCUCACCUUAUGGUUCUUUGGGCCGCGUGCUGCUGCCACCUUCAGGACUCACUGCAAUCGUUGAGUUUCUGGAGUCGACUGAAGCGAAACGAGCCUUCACAAGAAUGGCUUACAGUAAGUUCCAUCAUGUCCCGCUGUAUUUGGAGUGGGCGCCUGUCGGGGUGUUUGUAGCCAAACCAGAACCAGUAUUAGAGAAGAAGGCAGCCGAGGAAGAGGAGAAGAAGAUAGAAAAUGAGGAAGAAGAUGAUGAAGAGGAGGAGGAGGAAGCUCUUCCAGGUUCUACGCUUUUCAUUAAGAAUCUUAAUUUCAACACGACAGAGGAGAAACUAUUGGAGACAUUCUGCAAAUGUGGCAAAGUCAAAUCCUGCACGAUAUCCAAGAAAAAAGAUAAAACAGGCAAACUGUUGUCAAUGGGUUACGGUUUUGUCCAGUAUCAGACGGCAGAAGCAGCUCAGAAGGCCCUGAGGCAGCUACAGCACUGUAAGGUGGAUGAUCACCAGUUAGAGCUGAAGGUUUCAGAGAGAGCCACAAGGACAGCUGUGGUGACACGGAAGAAGAAACAAGCUGACAAGAAGCAGACGGGAUCCAAGAUCCUUGUGCGCAAUGUUCCUUUCCAAGCAUCUGUCAGGGAAAUCAGGGAGCUUUUCUGUACAUUUGGGGAGCUAAAGACUGUCCGUCUUCCAAAGAAAGCGGCUGGUUCAGGAAGUCAUCGAGGUUUUGGCUUUGUUGAUUUCCUCACCAAACAAGAUGCUAAGAAAGCGUUUGCGGCGCUAUGCCACAGCACCCAUCUGUACGGGAGACGUCUUGUGCUGGAGUGGGCUGACGCAGAGGAAACUGUGGAGGCAUUGAGGCGAAAAACAGCUGAACAUUUUCAUGUCACUGCCAAAAAGCAGCGAAAAGCGGAGGUUAUGGAAGGAAUUUUGGAGACAAUGGAAACUGAAGGUGGUGUGGAAGACUGACAUCUGCAGCCUCCACACAAAUCCUGACCCCAACGCUCUGUGUAAAAUGGACUGAAUAAAACAUGGACCCGAAUAUCUGCAUAAGUUUAUAAUGAAUUUAAAAGCUGGUCCAGUUUUCUCUGGAUUAACUAGUAUUUUGUACAGAAUGAAAUGUCCAAGAGAUCUGAUGUACCUGACGACUGGUUUUUAUAUAUGUAUAAAAGCUGCGUACCUGUUA